CUCAGGUUCUUCAGGAGCAGUUUGAGGAACGUGAAAGAGUUUGAGGUGGUGACACAACCUCCAAACCAACCAAAUGUGCUGGACAAACAAGUCUGAUCCGUGGAGGCCCUACAGAAGAACCUACAGGAUCUUUCAGGAUCUGCUGCUAACGUCUUGGUGCCAAAACCCACAGGAGACCCCUCUGAAAGAUCAGAAGUGGGAUCUACACAGUAUUAGGCAGGUGGUUUUAGUGGGUGUGGUGGAUCAUGACCGUGUUGUGUGAUGUGUUUUCUAUGUGUGUGUGUGUGUGUGUGUGUGUGUGUGUACAGAGUGUAAAGGUGAUGUCGGGCAGUAAGGCUCUGGGGGGGGCGAGGCGGCGCCGUACCCGUUGCCGGCGCUGUCAGGCCUGCAUGCGCUCCGAGUGUGGAGAGUGUCACUUCUGCAAGGACAUGAAGAAGUUCGGGGGCCCGGGACGCAUGAAGCAGUCGUGCCUGCUGAGACAGUGCACCGCUCCGGUGCUCCCUCACACGGCCGUGUGUUUCGCGUGUGGAGAGGCAGGGAAGGAGGACACGGUGGAGUCGGAGGAGGAGAAGUUCAGCCUCUCUCUGAUGGAGUGCACCAUCUGUAACGAGAUCAUCCACCCCAGCUGCCUGAAGAUGGGGAAGGCGGAGGGCAUCAUUAACGAUGAGAUCCCGAACUGCUGGGAGUGUCCCAAAUGCCACAAAGAGGGUAAAACCAGCAAGGACGGUGACGGUUUAGGGAAGAGACGCUUGGAUAACGGUGAAGUCGGGCGCUGGAAGCUCACGGACGAUCCUCCACCGAGCAAGAAGAAACCGGCACCGACCGAGGAGCCCAGACAGGACGGCCAGAAACGCAAGAAAGAGAAGGAGAAGGAGGUGUCUCAGGAGAGCGGCCCCAAGAAAAAGAUGAAAGGUCCUCGAGAGAAGCAUCUGAAAAAGAAACAGAAGCCGGACUCGGCCGAGACCAACGGGCCGAACUCUUCAUCCGGAGGCCAAGGCUCAGCCGGUGGUACGGCGGCGACGCAGCCUCCAUCCUCGGCGUCUAAUCAGGACCAGCGCUCCCAUCACCGCGAGAAACUGGAGCGCUUCAAGCGCAUGUGCCAGCUGCUGGAGCGCACCAGAGACUCCUCCUCGUCCUCCUCGUCCUCCAGCUCCGAGUCCGACUCCGAUUCGGACUCCGAUUCGGACUCGGGGUCCCCGGGGGCCACGUCGGAACCGCCGUCCCCGCCGGCGACAGGCUACGGUGCCCGGGAACGCGAGAGAGAGCGAGAGCGGGAGAAAGAACGAGAGCGAGAGAGGAACCGGCGUCUGGCCGAGCUCGGGUUCAGCGCCAGCGAGGACUCGGAGGGCGAGAGGACGGGGAACGAGCAGGACCACGACACGGCGUCAGAGGAGACCCGGCAGCAGCAGCAGCAGCGCCGGAGAUCCGAAAACGCGCCGCGCGGACGCAAAUCCACCAUCGUGACCGAGAUGGAGGAUGAGGACGUCACCGGCGGGGAGAAGAACAGGAAACCUGGGCUCCUGACUCCGCCCUCUCCCUCACCGCUUUCCUCCAGUCAGCAUCAAACCUCCCUCGGGCACGGCCACUCGGAGGGCGUGUCCAAGCGGAGUAACGGACAGGAAGUGUCCAGGAACGGGCGGGCGAGGAUGGAGAAGGAGAACGCCAAGACCAACAACAGCGGCGGCAGCACCAACUCCAACCACCGGCACCAGACCAACAAAUCCAGCCGCGCCGGCAAAGCGCGUUCGGGAACCAAACAGACCUCCACGGCGCCGCCCACCGCAUGGGGAGGGACGCUGAACGGAGGGAACGGCGCCUCCAUCCUGGCCAAUCCGGCGUCCCGUAUCGCGUCCCAUCUCUCCAUGAUCUCUUCGCCCAGGACGCCGCAGAUGGAGCGGCACCUGGUGCGCCCCCCUCCGGCGUGCCCCGAGCCGCACUGCCUCCUGCUGGACAGCGGCGCCUCGCACGUCCUGCCGCGCGACGUCUGGCUCCGGGUGUUCCAGCACCUCAGUCAGAAGCAGCUGUGUGUCUGCAUGAGGGUCUGCAGGACGUGGAGUCGCUGGUGCUGUGACAAGCGCCUGUGGACUCAGAUCGACCUGAGCCGGCAGAGGUCCAUCACCCCCCCCAUGCUGAGCGGCAUCAUCCGCCGUCAGCCCGUCUCCCUCAACCUGGGUUACACCAACAUCUCCAAAAAGCAGCUCAUGUGGCUCAUCAACCGAUUACAGGGUCUGUGCGAGCUGAACAUUUCGGGAUGUCCGUGGGCGUCCGUGUCGGCCCUGUGCCAGACGGUCUGUCCCUGUCUGCGUCUGCUGGACCUGAGCCGAGUCGAGGACCUGAAGGAUUCUCACCUGAAAGAACUCCUGGCCCCGCCCACCUCUGACACAGCCGACACCAAAGGUGGGCGGUUCCAGAACGUGACAGAGCUGCGAUUGGCUGGCCUGGAAGUGACUGACACGGCCUCGAAGCUGCUGGUUCAGUUCCUCCCUCACCUCACCAAGCUGGACCUGAGUCAGUGUGCACAGAUCACCGACCAAACCAUCCAAACCCUCACGUCCCAGUUCUCCCCCCUGAAGGAGAGUCUCGUCCACAUCAACCUCACAGGUUGUGUGAAGGUGACGGCGCAGUCUCUAGCCAUGUUGCGGCGGUGCGCAGCCAUGCAGACGGUGGACCUGCGCUCCUGCGGCCUCCCCCCCGCCGACACAGACGACAGACUGCUGAAGAACAGCUAAGAUCGUCCCUGCGGCCACACUACAGCCAAACGGAAUGAGACGCAUCCCACACCCACCGGGGGGGGGGGA